AUGGCAACGGCAACGGAGGAGCAGGCAACGACUUCAGAGGAGCAGCCGCUAUCGGAGAAGAUGCAGAGCUCCCUCUCGCUGGAGGGUGUGGAGCCAGAGCUUGCGGAGCGCUUCCGGCUGUGCCGCAGCGUGGCGGAGGAGUGCGUGACAGACGCAGACCUGCUGGCGCUGCUGCGGGCCAAGCCCAACCCAGUGGCGUACGACGGGUUUGAGCCGUCGGGGCGCAUGCACAUUGCGCAGGGUGUGCUCAAGGCUAUCAACGUGAACAAGCUGACGCAGGCAGGCUGCACCUUUAAGUUCUGGGUUGCCGACUGGUUUGCCCAGCUCAACAACAAGAUGGGGGGAGAUCUGAAGAAGAUCCAGGCGGUGGGCCACUAG